UUCUCGGCCAGAGGCCUGGAGCUCCUGAUCCUUCGGCCCAUGCUGGAUCCCUGGCUCGCUGCUUUUCCUCCAGGACCUGCAGGAGACUGGAAGAUCCUUCCGUGCAGAAACUGACUGGGUCCAAGAAGAAUGACUUGCAAAUAAUGUUCUGAAGGUGCCCAGUGAAGAGAUUCUGCUAGCCCCACGUCUGUGCUGCCUGGGACUCGCCUCAACAUCGCUGCUCUGGUUUUCUAUGCAGCAGAAGGAACUUCACCUUCCCUAGAUCAACUUCUUGGAAAAAGGGGAAAGGAAUUCACUUUUCUCUAACCAAAGAAGCCAAGCUGCCCUGAAGAUCAUGAACUCGUCUUCUGAGCGCUGCAACAUCUCGGAUUGGCUGAGGCUCGAAGCGACGGUGAAGGCCUCUGUGUACGUGGUCACUUUCUCCUUCGCCACGCUCAUCACGACCGUCAUCGUGGCAGUCGUGUGGCAGGAUUCGAAGCUGAGGAAAGAGGUCCGCUACGUCUUCCUCUGCCACCAUCUGCUGUGCAUCUCCUCCUACUGCGGCCUGGGGGUGGUUUUCCAAGGGAUGCGGGCUCUGCUGGCCAACAGCCCUGUGCUGAUGUGCUGGCUGGUGUUCGGGGCCCAGAUAAGUUUUGGGGAAGGGAUCCUGUUUACUCUGGCCUUGAUGGCUGUCAACACUUACCUGGCCAUUUGCUGGCCGUUGAAAUCUCUGUCCUUUGUCAAUGCCACGAAGUAUAGGGUUCUGGCUGGGACCUGGAUAACCAUUGUCCUCAAGAAUGUUGGCCUGUUCGCCAUGGAGGGCACUAUCCCCACUCCGGUCGCUGUCUUAAAAUCCGAGCCCCUCUGCCCCGUGGUUCUGAAUGGCACUUCUGCCAGAGUCAUUGGUAUGAUUUUCUUUCUCCUUCCUUUAUUGGUCAUUCUUAUAAGUUACUCUCUAAUAUAUCAAGAAGGCAAACGUGCUGGCCAUUUUAAUAGGUCAAAUAUCAAAGCAAGGAAAACCAUCCUCAUUCAUUUAGUGCAGCUGAGCUUACAUGUAAUACCAACCCUGAUAUUCAUAGGUUUGGGAAAGAUGUGCGGAGUGUUUUUCUUUACGUUAAAUCUGGUGCUUUUUGGAGUCUUUGCGUUUGCCCAGUGUGUUAACCCUCUAAUCUACGGGCUCUGGAAUAGAGAGCUGCAGAGCAGGCUGUGUUAUUGGAUGUUCUGUCGGCCGUGGCGCCGUCGCAGGAUGAGCAGCGGAGGGCCGGUUUGAACGAAGCUCAGCCACUUCGAGUCACAUACUCUAGUCCCAGUGGACCAUCGGCCAGGGUUAAGGACUUGGCUUUUACUCGGCCUCAAAUUGGCGCAUUGAUCUGAUGUUGAAGAUAAUAUUCGUAGGGCAAAGUUUCAUCUGACUUACAAGCUUCGCUGCUACAUAUACUGAUUUGUCCUCGGUGAAAUCAUUUAUGUCUUUAAUUCCAAACCCAGGUCAACAUUUUGGCAGCAUGCCUGACUGUGUUGCAGUCGUUGGGCAGUUUUUGAGAAUGCUCCUGUUUUUAGAAACAGAGAAGUCGUCCAUGGCUGAUAUGAAAGGGAGAGGUUUGGCUGUUCGCCUUAUGUUAAUCAGGGGUAGGUUUGGGUACUUAUAAUAACAAAGCAACAACAAAAGAACAGUAGCUUUAAAAAGUUAGAGAUUGAUUUUUUCUUCUGUGAAAGAAAUCUGGACAAUCCAGACCAAUGUGGCAGCUCUGCAGGCAAGAGGCUCAUUCUCUUUUCCUUUGACAGAAUUUGCAUGCUGCCUCAUGACCCAAGACGGCUGUUAGUGCUCCUACCAUCACAUCCUCACUCCAGCCAACAGGAAAAAGCAAGAGGCAAAGAAGGGUCUGUACUCCCCUUCUGAAGACAUUUUCUAGAAGUCACACAAAACAGUUUAUUUUACAUAUAGCUGGCCAGAAUUUAGUGAUGUGGCUUUAUGCCUGGCUUUAAGGGAGAGUGGGAAUAAAUUUUAUUUAGCUCAGGUGUAGUGUCCCCAGCUGCCCAGUUCAAAAUUAGCAUUCUUAAUACUAAGAAAGGAAUGACGAAUGAAUAUCAGGAGGCAAAACUAUCUCAGGGAUCAUUUUCUCAAUAAAAUAAAGUAUAAAAAAAUAGAAUGGAUGCAUUAUGAUUGCCACAAAAAUACAUUCUGCCUUUUAGUAUGAUAUCAAAUACAGCAUUAACUGUCCAGGAUCCCAGAAAACUUUAAUUGUGUCAUGUCAGCAGUGCUCGAAGAGAAUGGCGUCAAUAAGGAGAACACUGAACUGGUUUAAACAUGAGAAUUAACUCGUUUAAAUCUAAGGAAGUUUGAGGCAGCAGGAUGAGAUAAAUUCUUUCAGAGAAGUUUACAUAUUAAAUUUCUUUAUAUGAAACACCCGUUUGUGAAUCAGUCAGGAUUCAUUUCUAAGAACAGGAAUUACCACUCUAGGUAUUUUAAACAGAGACAAGUUAAUACAGGAAUUAGAUGCUUACAAAGUCGCUGGAAGAGCUGGAGGAGUGGAAGUCAGAGCCACCCGACUUUCUGAUUGAUGUUAGCCAACCACUGCAGCUGUGACCUGGAGGCCAAGCAGCUGUGACCUGGAGGCCAAGCAGCUGUGAUCUGGAGGCCAAGCAGCUGCUUCCACCAUGGCCCCUGCUGCCUCAUGCCACCCAUAGCUCUGUGAUUUUGUUUGUCAAAAGAAACAGCAAGAGGAAGACAUUCCAUCUUCCAGUUCUUACAUGAUUGCCUCUAAUUGGUGGAACAUACCUGACAUCCAGACCCUAAGAGCAAAGUAGUCUGAGAAAUGUAGUUACCCCAAAAGGCUUAUGACAUGAGCAUUGAACGAGCCAGUCCAUGAGAUCCACCAUCACAAUACUUAGCCUUACUCACAGGUAACAACAACGACGACUGACUAUGAUGAUAACAAAGAAAACAGAUGCCAUGUAUCGGGCACCUAUCACGCUCCUGACACAAUGCAAGCCAUUUUAUAUACACUAUGCUAAAUCCUCACAAUAAUUUUAUAAUGCAGGUAUUAAUAUUCCUGAUUUACAGAUGAGAAAAGCUGAGCCUUAGAAAGGCCUUGCAGGAGCUUAGGAGGCCAGGAUCUUCCCUUUAAGAGUUGCCAUGUACACGACUUGGCCCAGGGUGAUCAUUUCAUCAUUACCGAGAGCUGGACAAAUUGCUUGGGACGUUUGGGCCUUGUUUCUUCCCUCUGCUCCAGGUGCAGACACCUGGCUUGUGGCAAAGUGCCUUUUCUCACCCUUCGCUUUGCGUACACUCUCCCGUCCUUGGCCUCUCUCCUCGUUGUUUUUAUUUAUUUUAUUUUUCUGGUAAAAAGGUUAUUCUUUUAUUUU